CGUGCUGACAUACAACCGCAAAACCAAAUGUUGCGGGAGUGUAAGGUACUCUCAGCAAAAGCCACCGCGGUGUAAGUCGCAUAUUAAAAAGCUUGCUCACCAUGUCACCUGACACACAAAGCUCACUCUGAUGCUAUGAAAUGGACGUAGAGGAGACCCGAACCAUAUACAACACCGUAAGGUCCGAAAUCGCUACACCGAAAUCGUCGGAUCCACCCGUUGCCGCUCCAAAGACCAGGGUCAUGCGACCACCGCCAUCCGAUCCGAAGAGAGAGAAGAGCAGCUAUUGGAGCCACAGGGGCCUCCAUGUUCCAGCCUGUGCCAUCGCCCACUGCCCAUCGCCCCUGAAACGAUACACCAAUUUUAAGAGCAUGAAGCACUCUGAACCACAACUGGUUGCAAGAGCCCAUGGGCAUUGCAUGACCUACCUGGCAGAUGACCACGCCACCAUAGGGUGCUGGGCCGACGACGCUUGUCAAUAUUGCCAAAGGCCGCAUCACACUCUAUUUUAUCGAUUUCCUCGCCGAACYAAUCUGCCUGAACAUCACACCAACACCCGUACCAGACCACGCAGCGAUCCUAUCCGGCGACGACGACGCACCUCACCUCACCAUCACGUCACGUCACAACACCUCAUCACACAACAGUUCACAGCAUACACCAAUACACACACACGCAUCAAAAACAGUACUUAACACCGUUCAUUAUUACAACACAACAACCACACGAUCAUCAACGAGACGCCUCGAAUAAUCUACUAUUCACCACCCAAACUAUGAAAAGGGAUAGAUCCGAACUGGAUCCUCUCUUUUUCGUUUCGUCCGUGAAGAAAGACGGUCGACCCGCAAUUAUUUAUUUUUCCUAAAACCGCAACAUCCGAAUUUUUCUAUUUAUGUGUUCCCGCCAAAGUGACGUAGUGACGUGAGUCCCGUAUUUCGCCGCAGUGUCAGUAUGUGGAAACCAAAAAAAUACAAACUAAAUAAAAGUGUUAUACAAAGAAAAAACAAAAAAACAAAAAUAAAAACAAAAAAAAAAUACAUACAUUCAGUAGUCAGUAGUAAGAAAGGAAUACAAGCUACUAUG